GAGAAGAAGAAUCAGGUGCACGCAAUCACUUCCGUGUUCCUGCUGCUCCCAGCUCAAAGAUGGCAGCUGCGGGACGGAGAUAGGCAACGACAGCAUUUCACGAGUUCUGUCAUGAACGCGGACGCGGUCGUGCAGCCCGUUGCAUGCGUGGUUUUGACGGGACAGUGAUAUUAUCUGUCACGGCCAAUGUGUCGUCCUACGAAGACAAUCACAGGCUUCAGAAAUACCAUGUUUCCCAUGGGGCUAAGCUAGCGAGCAACGGUUAGCAAAUAAAUGAACGUGUCUCCUCUAUCACGCGAGAAGAAAGCAGCGGCGGUCUAUUGACAUCUUGCACGUUCAGUUUCAUCAUGGCCAUCACUCAGUUCCGUCUCUUCAAGAUCUGCACAUGUCUAGCCAGUUUACUGGCUUUCUUUAAGAGGUUAAUAUGCAGGAGUGGAAGGGGGCGCAAGCUCAGUGGUGAUCAAAUAACUCUCCCAACAACAGUGGAUUUUUCAUCAUCAGGACCAAAACAGCCAGAGAUUGAAGAGUGGAGCUCUUGGGAUGAAGACGCUCCUACUAGUAUUAAGAUUGAAGGUGGCAAUGGAAGUGUUUCCCCUCCGCUCGACGAUGCUGACGAAGAGCCCGACUACUUCAAAGACAUGGCUCCUACCAUCAGGAAAACACAGAAGAUCCUCCUGAAGAAACGGGAGCCUCUGAACUACCUGGUGCCUGAUGGCUCAGCAGGAUUCUCCAGCAGACUGGCAGCCUCUCAGGAUAUGAUGACCUACAGUCCACCCUCUGCUGAGCUUGGAGAAAUGGACAAUUGGCAGGAGAAUACAAAUGCCUGGGAGGAAGAGUCCGAUGCUGCCUGGGAAGCAGAGGAGGUGCUCAGACAACAGAAGAUGGCUGAGAGAGAAAAGCGCUCCAUGGAACAGCAAAGGAAGAAGAUGGAGAAAGAUGUUCAGAGGAUGAUGAAAAAGGAGCAGAAGAUUGCCGUCAAGCUCUCGUAACGUUUUAGCGAUGCUCAGGUUUGAGCCAAAGGGAGAAAGAGUGCAAAAAAAGACUCAGUCUGUUAAUUUAUCUCAAGUCAUCAAACAGACCAGGAUUAUCACCAUCCACUUCUCAUCUGUUAGCAAAGUGUUGUCCUCCACCCUGUUUCCACCAGCAGCCAUUUUGGUCCGCAGACGUGUACAAUGCAUUCCUCAUUCUCCAGGGCAGAAAAGGUCAAGGUAACUCUGGACUUCAAAUGAGAUUUGUUUUUAUACAAUCGGGUUCAUCGUAGAUUAAGGGUUACAUGCAGCAUUUAGAAGGCACCAUUAAGAUUCUGAUUACAUUUGUUUGGUAGCAUAGAAAACUGUUCUAUUUUGUUUUUUCCCCUGGAACAUCUGUAAAUAAACUGGUACCUGUGCUACCUUUUCAACCUCAA